CUGAGCGAAAGGACGAAGGGUUUUCGAGUUUGCGCAGUCGCCGCGUCGGCCGCGACCCUUCCGGCCUGAGCGGGGAGGGGGCGACGUUGAGAUGGGGGCGGCGGCUGCGGAAGCGGACCGAACUCUUUUUGUGGGCAACCUUGAAACUAAAGUGACUGAGGAACUGCUUUUCGAGCUGUUCCACCAGGCUGGGCCAGUAAUAAAGGUGAAAAUUCCAAAAGAUAAGGAUGGUAAACCAAAGCAAUUUGCGUUUGUGAAUUUUAAACAUGAAGUAUCUGUUCCUUAUGCAAUGAAUCUACUUAAUGGAAUCAAACUUUUUGGAAGGCCCAUCAAAAUUCAGUUUAGAUCAGGAAGUAGUCAUGCCUCACAGGAUGUCAGUUUAUCAUACCCCCAGCAUCAUGUUGGAAAUUCAAGUCCUACCUCCACAUCUCCUAGCAGCAGAUAUGAAAGGACUGGAGAUAACAUGACACCAUCAUCACAGAUAAUUCAGAGAUCAUUCUCUUCUCCAGAAAAUUACCAGAGACAAGCAGUGAUGAACAAUGUUUUAAGACAGAUGUCAUAUGUUGGGAAAUUUGGUUCUCCACAUGUGGAUCAAUCAGGAUUUUCACCAUCAGUUCAGUCCCAUAAUCAUACUUUUAACCAGUCUUCAAGCUCCCAGUGGCACCAGAAUACACCACCAUCACAGCGUAAAAUCAGACAGAAUUCUCAUCCCUACCUAGCAGAUAGACAUUAUAGCCGAGAACAGCGUUACACCGAUCAUGGGUCUGACCAUCAUUACAGAGGAAGCAGAGAAGAUUUCCACUAUGAAGAUAGGAAUCAUGAUGGCUGGAGCCAUGAUUAUGAUAACAGAAGGGACAGUAGUAGAGAUGGAAAAUGGCGCUCAUCUCGACACUAGCAAAUAUUAAAAGGACAUUGUUUUAUAGGGCCAUUUUAGGCUCUUUAGACUAAAUUGAGCUGAAAAUAUUUUGAAAAAUUGUACAGAAGAGCUUUUCCAGUUGCCACAAUUGUUUUUUUAAAAGUACAGCUGCAGUUUAAUACAGAAAUGAGAAGAAUUGUGGUUCCAGUCUUAUUUCAUUAACAACCGUUCACCUCAGGGCUUUGUGAAGAGGAAAGGGUUUUAUGCAAAAGAAAGUGCCACAGUUCCUAAUCAUCUAGACAGCUUCAGAAGGGUGGAUUGUAUAGCAGACAUGAUUUAAAAAAAUACAAUGUUUAGAUUUUGAAAAAAAAAAUUCAUAGUAAAAGACACAUCUUUAUAAUGCCGUAAUGGCAUUGUGUCUUUUACUGUAACAAAUUUUAAAAAUCUAAACAUUCCCAUAUACUUUGAUCAGACCUCAUACAUAGAUGGUUGUAUUAUAAAGCAAAUAUUUUAAGUUUUAGUACUGUAAGAAAUUCCGUGAUAAGUGAAUCCAGUUUUGGUGUAUAUAAUAGGAAGUCCAUAUUGAUAGCUAUCAGCUAAUCAGAUGGCUAUCUGUAUUUUGUUAAUAAAUUAGAAAAUACAGUUUUUGAGUGGUUAUUUUAAGUUUCAGAAAGUUAUUGGUUGUUAGAGGAUAAAUCAUUUUGGUUAAUUUAGAGAAUUUAAGUAUAAGUUCUGUGAGAUGUUCUUUGUAGCUUUACCCUGUACAAGUAUAAAUUUACAUAUGGUAUUUCAUCCUAAAAUUUUAGAAAUUUUUCAUUAAAUCAUGUUUGAUGUAUGACUGGUCACUCAGGAAGUUAAGUAUCUGUAUGUGAAGUAUCUGUAUGUGAAAUAUCUGUAUGUGUAUAUUUUUCCAUGGAAAAUUACAGUAUUAAUGUAAAUUUGGUUUUUCAGGAACAAAAAUAUCCAAUGCAUACUCAUAAAAUAGUAAAAUGUUUUACUGAAAGUAUUCUUUUUGGGAAAAAAGAUUCAUAAAGUUUUUAUGUGCUGCCUCUGUCACUCAAAUUUCAGAAAUUUUAACAUUUUCCAAGUGGCCAAAACCUAUACCAAGGACACAUUUUAUUAGAGAUUAUACAAGUUGAUUUUUGUUUCAACAUUGGAAAGAAUUUAAUGUAACAUUUUACUGCUUUUAAAAUUUUAAAACCUUAAAACUUUUUAUGUAUCAAUAUGCUAUUUCCCUUUCACUACAAAAUUGUUUAUAAAAUUCAUUCCUUGAAAAAUUUGGAUCCUUUUUAAAUACUAAUCUCAGCAUUUGUACUGUUACUUUUUAAUAUAUUAAAAACAUAAAAAGGAA